GUGCAUUCUUAACUGCCAAUUACGGAUUAAUCGACAGUGAAUAUUAAUACAAAUAAGAUUUCGUUUUGUGAAAUACGUAAGAGAAUUAGAAAACAAAGUCAAAGGCAAUAAAUUAAAAUCUGCUUAUUCAUAGUAUUUAUGCAUCAAGAAAAACUGAAUUGGAUAGAUAGGAAAUGUAUCUUACGGUGAAUUUCAGUAAUAGCCAUAAAAAGAACUCUGGAAUUAAAUUUUGUCUCUAAAUCAUCAUCGUUAGAAAUCAUUUUAAACGUGCUUUCCAGGCACACUUCUCUUUCUCUGUAGACGUCUGACUUGAUUAUUCGCCUAUUCGUCUUUAAAAUUUAACUUUUUCAGUUUGUCUUCAGUUGUAACGACUUUUCAGAAAAGUAAAACUAGACAGACCACGGAGAGCCACACACGUGCAGUAAAGUUGGAGAGACAGGAAGCUGAGGGGCAGACGGAGGCUGGGAAAAAAGUACGGAGAAAACGAAGAUUUCUCUAUCCCCCUCCCCGCUGCAUCGUGCACCUGCAGCCCAAGCUGGGGUCCCGGCAGGGACGAGGAGUCGCGCCUCUUGCAAGGCCACCUCGGGCCCCUGACUGAGCGCGGAGGGGGCGCUGCGGGUGCCUCAACCGGUCUGCCGGCCCGCGCCGGGCUGCGAUUGGACGCGCCGCCGCCAGCCACCAGCCCAAACACUAAAGCGCUGGGAGGAGGCGGGGGGAGUUCUAGCGAGUCGAGGGCUUUGGCUUUUUCACGUCUCCCCCACCCCCUACCCUUCCUCUCCGCACUCCAUGCCGGGUCUCUCUCUCCAGCUCUCCGCGUCUGGCUGGCUCCCGCCGCAGGAGACUUGGCGCAAACCUAACCGCCGCCGCCUCGCGCGCUUCCAGCCCCAGCCUCUCCGCCUUCCCCUGCGCCCCCCGCUCGCGCCAUGGGGCCAACCUGCGGCUCCUAAGAGUUGCCGCUGGGAGCAGCGCGCUCUCCCGCCCAUUUCCCCACGAGCGGGCGAUGGCUUAGGGCGCCAGAGGGGCCAGCCCAGAGGUACCGGGAAGGGGAAAUUCGGCCGGCCGACUGGGGAAAAAGAGGCCAACCAUGAGUUUCCACAAGGAGGACGGAGUGAGCAGCCUGUGCCAGAAGGCGCUGCACAUCGUCACCGAGCUGUGCUUCGCGGGCCAGGUGGAGUGGGAGAAGUGCUCGGGCAUCUUCCCCCGGGACAGGGGCAGCCAGGGCGGAAGCAGCACAGAUAUUUCGGUCAGCUUGUUAGCGGUGGUUGUCAGCUUCUGUGGCCUGGCCUUGUUGGUUGUCUCACUUUUUGUCUUCUGGAAGUUGUGCUGGCCUUGUUGGAAAAGCAAACCUGUGACUUCCAACGUCAGUACCCUUCCACAGAGCAUUUCAAGUGCUCCUACUGAAGUCUUUGAGGCCGAAGAGAAAAAAGAAGUUAAAGAAAAUGAAAAGCCAGCUCUAAAAGCUGUUGAGCCUGCUAUAAAAAUCAGCCACACUUCCCCUGAUAUCCCAGCAGAAGUCCAAAAUGCUUUAAAAGAACAUUUAAUUAAACAUGCACGUGUGCAAAGACAAAUUACUGAACCUACAUCCUCAUCCCGCCACAAUUCCUUCAGGAGACACCUACCAAGGCAAAUGCAGGUUUCCAGUGUUGAUUUUAGCAUGGGCACAGAACCAGUUUUACAAAGAGGAGAAACAACAACCAGCAUUGGGAGGAUAAAACCAGAGCUCUACAAACAGAAAUCCGUUGACUCUGAGGGCAACAGGGAAGAAGAUGUCAAAACCUGUGGGAAACUUAACUUCACCCUCCAGUAUGACUAUGAAAAUGAACUUCUGAUUGUUAAAAUUAUCAAAGCCUUAGAUCUCCCUGCUAAAGACUUCACAGGCACUUCUGACCCUUAUGUGAAGAUGUAUCUUCUUCCAGAUAGGAAAAAGAAAUUUCAGACCCGUGUGCACAGAAAGACUUUAAAUCCUCUAUUUGAUGAAACUUUUCAGUUUCCUGUAGCAUAUGAUCAACUAAGCAACCGAAAACUACAUUUCAGUGUAUAUGAUUUUGACAGAUUUUCUAGACAUGACAUGAUUGGGGAAGUGAUUCUUGAUAAUUUGUUUGAAGUCUCUGAUCUCUCCAGGGAAGCCACAGUGUGGAAAGAUAUUCAUUGUGCUACCACAGAAAGUAUAGAUCUGGGUGAAAUCAUGUUCUCCCUUUGUUAUUUGCCAACUGCUGGACGUAUGACAUUGACAGUCAUCAAGUGCAGAAAUCUGAAGGCUAUGGAUAUCACUGGGUCAUCAGAUCCUUAUGUCAAAGUGUCUCUGAUGUGUGAAGGUCGGAGAUUAAAAAAGAGGAAAACGACGACGAAGAAAAACACUCUAAACCCUGUGUACAAUGAGGCUAUUAUUUUCGAUAUCCCUCCAGAGAAUGUGGACCAGGUCAGCCUCUCCAUUGCAGUCAUGGAUUAUGAUAGGGUAGGACACAAUGAGGUCAUAGGAGUGUGUAGAACAGGACUGGACGCUGAGGGUCUUGGGCGAGACCACUGGAAUGAAAUGCUGGCCUAUCACCGAAAACCAAUAACACAUUGGCACCCCUUGCUGGAGUUACCUGGCCGGGCAACCAGUUUUGAUAGUCAAGGAUCCUGUCCAUCUCCCAAACCACCUUCCACACCAUAAUGCCUCCAGAAUAAAGACCAUUUUAAUAAGGACCCAGGACCAUGUGCUCAUCAGAUCAGAAAAAGAGUGGAAGGUUUGAUUUCCUCAUUUAAAAUAUAUCCUGAUAAUGAACAAACUUGAUGUACAAUUUUUCAUUUGCUUUUUUUUUUGUCCCUUCUUUAACUUUGGACAUCUUAAUAUGUUUUACUUGAAUACAAACAGUCCUUACUUUCAUAAGGCAUUUUAUUCUUCAUUUCAUAUACCUAUUAGCACAAAGGUGUUUUAAUAAGUUGCAAUUCUUUGCAUAAGAAAUACAUUCUUUUAGAAGAAUCCAUACUUAUCUAAAAUUAAAUAUAGUUUAUGCUGCUAUUGUAUAAAGUAGCACAUGUCACUUAUGUAUGGUUUUGAUUUUGUUACAAUGUUUAUCUCUAGUCCCACAGAUGGUUCCAUAUAGACUUUAAUGGAAAUUUUGAGCUUAAACAGCAUUAAAUCCUUAAACAAUCAAAUUAAUGUUACUUAUCUGAUCAUAUAUUCUUUCAUUCUCAGAAAAUUAGGUCCUUAGUGAGGUUUGGCUCAGCUAAACUCAAAACUUUGUCUCUCAAGCUCAUUCUUUGAAGCAUACACGUAAAGCUGUAAUUUAAAGAACAAUUUUGAAUUAAACUUAAGGAGUAAUAUUUAGUAGCUGGAAAAUGGAGGUUGAGCCAUUUGGGCUACCAUUUUAUACUGUCUUAAUGUUACAGUGGUUCAAACAUCUGUUGAACUGUUUAACUGAUAUUUUCAAAAUUCUAAUAAUCUUUAUCUCAAAUGUAGCGUUAGUAUUCCUAAGUCAAUAGAAUGAGAAGUCAUUUAUUUUUUAAGUGUUUGUAAAGUUCUCAAGUACUGUGACCUGUAUAUUUUAUGACAUAAAGGUAUUACACAGAUCCUGUAUUUCUGAUAGAACAUACUACACCAAAGGUACAAUAAAAUGUCUGUGCUUAUUGUCAA